AUGAAAAACAAAUCAUCACGUCGUAUUCUUAUAGUCGAUCCUACAAAUUGGCCAGAAUCAAUAAAAGAUAACGCUACUUGGAAAUUAUUAUUAGCGUGUACUCUGCGUCAUGUACCUAUCGCAAAAGAAGCACUCUCUCAAGGUGCUGAUAUCAAUUGCAGAAGAUCCGAUUAUCUAACUCCUCUACACAUUGCGAUUCAACAUGAUGACGCUGAACUUAUUGAGCUGCUUUGCAAUCAACCAUCUAUUAACAUCGAAGCAAAAACGAUAUAUGGAUUGACGUCCCUUCAUAAGGCCGUUUUUCUUGGCUGCAAAAAUGCGAUUAGGAAAUUACUUGAGACUAAUAUUACCAUUAAUUGCAUAGAUAAUUUAGGAAGAUAUCCUUUGCAUUAUGCUGCUUUUCAAAAAGAUAUUGAAAGCGCCUCUCUAUUGUUAACAAACGGCGCUCAUGUGAAUGUUUAUGAUAUUUUUCAUGAAAGUCCUUUGUACACCAGCGUUAUACGAAGACCUUUCCUUCCCAUGAUUAAAUUAUUUUUAUCCCAUGGCGCUACUGUUUCAUCCGCGCCACACCAAACUUCAUUAAAUUUACUUCUUGAAACUAUUUUGUAUACAUGGAAUAUACCGGAUACGCAAAUACUUGACUUCCUAUUUCAAAACAAAGCAGAUGUAAAUACAACAGAUUUUAUCGGUUUACGUACACCGUUGCAUAUAGCAGCCAUGACAGGAAAUUUAGAAUUAGCCACUUAUCUUAUUGAAAAGGGAGCGGAUUUGAAUCGAAAGAAUAGAGCUGGUCAAACACCAAUGGAUGUAGCUUUAAUGUAUCGUAAUUUAAAAAUUGUGCAAUUAAUAGAGAACUCAUUUUUAACGGAAUUGAAAGUAUGUACGUUAAACAUCAAGGAUAAUUAA